AUGCAGAUGAUCGGUCCAUUGCCGACUUAUUUGUGCCCUGCUCUUGAUGGAAUGAUGGCUGCGUCGACCGUGUCAAUCUCGGCCCGCCGCCUGCGUUCCGCCUACAUUGCCUUGAGCAGGCGCCGACUUUCUACCAGCAGCUCUACACAAUCGUCAUCUCAAUUCCAUCGCUCUGAUUUCUCUAACCAGCCCUUCACGGGCAUGUACGAGCCCGGCCAGCCCACUUCCGGUCCGUUAGGCGGAGCUUCUGUCUAUGGUACUCUCCGACUCACACCUAAAAUGCUCAAACAGCAUCUCGAUCAGUUUGUAGUGGGCCAAGAACGAGCGAAAAAGGUUCUCAGCGUCGCCGUAUUCAACCAUUAUCAGAGGGUACAAGAGAUACAGAGACGGGAAGAGGAGGAAGAAGAAAUGCUGGCCCAGAGAGAACGGAGGGAAAGACAUCCUGUGGAGAAUGAAUUCCCUGGUCAACAAGCAACCAUACGUUUGGGAGACUCUUCCACGUCUCGGUUCGAUGCCCGUAGUGAGAACUCACCACUGGUGGACGCUAGUCCACUCACGCUGGAGAAGUCCAACAUUUUGUUGUUAGGACCGAGUGGAGUGGGAAAGACUUUGAUGGCGAAGACGUUGGCAAGGGUCCUAUCAGUACCGUUUUCCAUGUCUGACUGUACGCCAUUCACACAAGCUGGCUAUAUCGGCGAGGACGCCGAGGUUUGCGUCCACCGGCUCUUGGCCGCUGCGAACUACGAUGUCGAAAAGGCCGAACAUGGCAUUAUAUGUUUGGACGAGGUUGACAAAAUUGCAACAGCUAAAGUCAGCCAUGGCAAGGACGUAUCCGGCGAAGGCGUUCAGCAAGCCCUACUGAAGAUCAUUGAAGGGACUACUGUCCAAGUCCAGGCUAAACCCGAGCGGAACUCGCCUCGCGCAGGUGGCCACUCACAAACUUAUCCAAGCAACAACCCUUUAGGUGCAGGGAUAUCUUCUGGGUCGUCAGGUGCUACUUCACCACCGGCGAAGGGCGAGGUAUAUAAUGUGAGGACGGACAACAUCCUCUUUAUAUUCAGCGGUGCUUUCAUCGGACUUCAGAAGCACAUCAUGGAUCGAUUGACGAAAGGGAGCAUUGGUUUCGGAGCUAACGUACGCUCCAGCUCGAAUCUGCGCUCGUACGCCCGCGAUCAGAAAUCGACAGCGAUGGUUCCUGUGCCAAUUUUGCCGGGUUCUCAAGAAGAGGCUCUUUACAAAAAACAUCUGCCUUUUUUCACCCCAGCACCAGCACCUGAACACACACCAGUGGACGGUUCCAGCCCGGAGCCAAACUAUUUCAAUCCCCUCGAUCUUGUCACGCCGGCUGAUUUGCAAUCAUACGGCUUCAUCCCCGAGCUUGUUGGCCGUAUCCCGACGACGGCUGCGUUGUCCGCCCUAACACAUUCGUUACUGCUACGUAUUCUCACCGAACCUCGCAACUCUCUCGUGGCUCAGUACGUCACAUUGUUUUCUCUCUCCGGGAUCGAGCUUCGCUUCACUACACCCGCCCUCCACGUCGUUGCAUCCAAUGCUAUAGCUAUGGGAACGGGAGCUCGGGCGCUCCGCACCGAGAUGGAGACUAUCCUCGGAGAUGCAAUGUUCGAGGCACCGGGAAGCAGUGUAAAGUACGUCCUUGUGACUGAACGCGUGGCCAAGAGAGAAGAAGGUGCCAUCUACUUUGGCAGAGGUCAGGGUGGAAGGUUUCACACACUUAUUGCUCAGGAAGAAGGUGAGUGGGAAGAUAAACAAAAGCGGAAAGAGGCAGAGAGGAAGGCUGCAGCUCAGUCCGCCAGCUUUGAAGACUGGAGAAUGAAAGCUACGCUUGCGGCAGGCAGCGGGGGCUGA